CCAAUCCAUGUCUAGAUCCAUUAAGGUCUUUUAAAACUUCUCUUCUAAGCCAUUCUUUGGCCAUUCUCCAAUAUCAUAGUUUUGGCGCCCAGCUCAGAGUCUUUCCAAAAUCAUCAUCUUUCAUUUCCCUCCAUUCUCCAACAUUCUUGACCUCUCUCUCCACGGUUCAAUCGGGAUUUCUGAAGCCGAAGGCGUAAUGGAGCAGCAGCAGAGGAAUCAGAAGCUAGCGCAAAAUGAGGAACUUGAGGAGAUACAACACGGUCCUUUCCCUGUCGAACAGCUUCAGGCAUCAGGCAUUGCUGCCCUUGACAUAAAGAAGCUCAAGGAUGCAGGUCUUUGCACAGUUGAAUCUGUUGUUUAUUCCCCAAGGAAAGAACUUUUGCAAAUCAAGGGAAUCAGUGAAGCAAAAGUUGACAAGAUCAUUGAGGCAGCUUCUAAACUUGUACCAUUGGGUUUCACCAGUGCCAGCCAACUUCAUGCCCAGAGGCUUGAGAUAAUUCAGAUAACAUCUGGAUCAAGGGAGCUUGAUAAAAUUUUGGAAGGAGGAAUUGAGACAGGAUCUAUCACUGAGAUAUAUGGUGAGUUUCGCUCUGGAAAGACUCAGCUAUGUCACACAUUAUGUGUCACAUGCCAACUUCCGUUAGAUCAAGGAGGUGGUGAGGGGAAAGCAAUGUACAUUGAUGCUGAGGGCACGUUCAGGCCACAGAGACUCUUACAAAUAGCUGACAGGUUUGGUUUGAAUGGUGCUGAUGUCUUGGAAAAUGUGGCCUAUGCUAGAGCAUAUAACACUGAUCAUCAAUCACGGCUUUUGCUUGAAGCAGCCUCCAUGAUGGUGGAAACAAGGUUUGCCCUUAUGAUAGUGGACAGUGCUACUGCUCUCUACAGGACAGAUUUCUCUGGAAGAGGAGAACUAUCAGCGCGGCAAAUGCAUCUUGCAAAAUUUCUGAGGAGCCUUCAGAAGUUAGCAGAUGAGUUUGGUGUUGCUGUAGUGAUUACUAAUCAAGUAGUUGCACAAGUGGAUGGCUCUGCCAUAUUUGCUGGACCUCAGAUUAAACCUAUUGGUGGAAAUAUCAUGGCACAUGCGUCUACAACAAGGCUUGCUCUUCGGAAGGGAAGAGGUGAUGAGCGCAUCUGUAAAGUAAUAAGCUCUCCUUGUUUGGCUGAAGCAGAAGCUCGAUUUCAGAUUUCUACAGAUGGCGUUACUGAUGUCAAGGACUGAAAACUUUAGGCCAUUUCAGCUCUCAUUCCAGAACUCCUGGGAGGUCAUUUUGUUUCUCUUAUGUGUAUCACUGUUAUUUCCAAAGUACACAACAAUGUCACAAGUUUUUUAUUUUGUUAAUACAAUUUUAUGCCCAAUUUCUGAA